CAGCUCCAUGGUGUCAUAAAAGUAUGCCCAGUUAUCUAAAUCCUUUGAAGAACACGAAGGUGAUCCCCCUUAUUCUUUCCAAGCCUUUGGUGAUCAAAUUAGGACAAGUCACAGACAACCCCAACACAUGUUCCUCUUUGACCAAUGGCUUGAAAGGUUAAAAUAAACGGACACUGGAUUGUAAAAUGUGAUAUAUAUAUUGGUGUCAGAUUCUGAAACGUGUGUGCCUCAUUCAUUAAAACUUUUACUUAUUGUUUGACUGCACCUAGAGACGAUCAAUUUUUGUGUAUCAAUAGACAGAUAGACAGACAGACAGAUAGAUAAUCCACCUACCUAUUCAUCUUGUAUGUGGGUGAGGAGGAGGAGAAAAAUGACUCCAGUGAGAUUUGACAAAGUGACGAAGAGUGUGAAGGAGAGGAAGUCCAGGUGAGUACAGAGCAAAAGCUGAGAGAAGCAAAAGCUGAGCUAUCUUCAUGCAAUUAGUGUGCAAUCUUUUUGAAUGUGAUCAACACGAAGAGCUUCAAGUUGACAGAAACAAUGCAGGAAAUACAUCUGCUCUGCACCCUCCUUCUCUGUUUCAUUUUGCUUUGCGCUGCAGAGGAAGGUCUAGAAUUCCCCAACUUUGACGGCAAGGACCGAGUGUUGGAUAUCACAGAGCGCAGCUACAAGAAGGCUCUGAGGAGAUUUGACCUUCUGUGUCUGUUCUACCAUGAGCCUGUUCCUGCCAACAAGGGCCUGCAGAAGCGCUUCCAGAUGACAGAACUGGUCUUGGAGCUGACUGCUCAGGUGCUGGAAAACAAAGAAAUUGGUUUUGGGAUGGUGGAUGCUCACAAGGAUGCCAAAGUAGCCAAGAAGUUGGGCCUAGAAGAAGUGGGCAGUCUGUAUGUGUUCAAGGACGAUCGCGUCAUUGAGUUCGAUGGAGAACUCUCAGCAGACACUCUUGUGGAGUUCCUCUUGGACGUGCUGGAGGACCCAGUGGAAAUAAUAAGCAACGCAAUGGAGCUCCGAGCCUUUGAAAGGAUAGAGGAAGACAUUCGUCUCAUUGGUUACUUCAAAGGAGAGGAUUUAUACUACAAAGCAUUCCAGGAAGCAUCCGAACGUUUUCAACCUUACAUCAAGUUCUUCGCCACGUUUGACAAAUCUGUGGCUAAACAUCUCUCCCUUAAGAUGAACGAGGUGAAUUUCUAUGAGCCAUUCAUGGAAGAGCCCGUCGUCCUGCCUGGCAGACCUCUCCUCGAGAUGGACAUUGUGGACUUUGUCAAUCAACACAGGAGGGCCACUUUGAGGAAGCUCCGGGCGGAGAACAUGUUUGAGACAUGGGAGGACGACAUGGACGGAAUCCAUAUUGUUGCAUUUGCCGAAGAGGAGGAUCCAGAUGGCUACGAGUUUCUAGAGAUUUUAAAAGAUGUGGCUAGAGACAACACCAACAACCCAGAUCUUAGCAUUGUCUGGAUUGACCCCGAUGACUUCCCUCUGCUCACCACUUACUGGGAAAAGACCUUCAAUUUGGAUUUGUUCAGGCCUCAGAUUGGUGUGGUCAACGUCACAGAUGCAGACAGCGUGUGGCUCGACAUGUCCAAUGACGAGGACCUGCCCACAGCCGAGGAAUUGGAGGACUGGAUCGAGGAUGUCCUGUCCGGCAGAGUUAACACGGAAGAUGACGACAACUUUGAAGACCUCCCUGAGGACUUUGAUGGAGACUCAAUGGAAGAUGGCGAUGAAAGCCCUGACCAAUACGAUGAUGAGCUUGAUGACUGAGUCAGUUUCCAUCUUUAUCAUAUAUCUUUGUGAAUGCUGGGAGAUUUAUACUAGGGACAAAGUAUUGUU